GGAAUCGUUUCACCAUUUCAACUUGAAUUGGCUUCCAACCGGCGUACGACAAAACACCCAUGGGCAGGGUUUUCAAAGCAGUGACGAUCUUUCGUCUCGUGGUUCUUCCCACCAACGAGAAGGUCAAUAGCAAACAACGGAAGAAAAAGACUCCUAUUGACUUUACCAAGCUCUUCUUCACAAAGCUAUCAACUUAUAAAGUAGGCUGCAGACAUGGGUUACUAAAAGAGCCUCCUUUACCCUCUCUGUCUCUCUGGGCUCUAAUGUUGUACUUUCUCAUCUUCAGCUUCCUCUGUUUCCAAGCUCAUGGAGCCGACCGGAUCACGACGAAUCAAUCUCUCUCCGGCGACCAAACCAUCGUGUCCUCCGGAGGAACCUUUGCAAUGGGUUUCUUCAGCCCAGGUAAUAAGUCCAGCUCCAGCUCCAACUCCAGUUCCAACCAUUACAUAGGCAUAUGGUACAACCAAAUCCCCCUACAAACCGUAGUCUGGGUCGCAAACCGAGAGACCCCUGUUUCGAAUCGGUUCGCAGCACAACUCCGAAUCUCCGACGGCAAUUUGGUCCUCUUUAACGACAGAAACCUCCCGGUUUGGUCGAUCAUCUCAAACUCCACAUCAGCCGGAAUUGAAGCAGUGCUCCUCGACGAUGGGAAUCUUGUCCUAUCAGCAUCGAACCGGUCUGAUUCCAGCCGGUUGUGGGAGAGCUUCGACCACCCGGUUAACAAUUGGCUCCCUGGAGGCAGGCUCGGGUUCAACAAGAUCACAAAGCAGAACAGCGCCAUCACUUCGUGGAAGUCUGCCAACGACCCUUCUCCAGGCCCUUUCUCAGUCUCUCUCGACGUCAACGGGACGGAUCAGUACCUCAUCUUCUACAACUCCACGGACUUCUGGAGAAGCGGGCCAUGGGAUCCGGUCGGCCGGAUCUUCAGCUUGGUACCAGAGAUGAGAGCUCUUUACGCCCCGCCAAAUGCCAACAUCUACAACUACUCCUUCGUCGACAACGACGUCGAGAGCUACGCCACUUACACGAUGAACAGCUCGGUCCUAGUGUCGCGGUUCGUGAUGGACGUAGGCGGGCAGAUUCAGCAGCUGUCUUGGAUCCUCGGGUCGAGUCAGGAGUGGACUCAGUACUGGACUCAGCCUCGCGUCCAGUGUGAGGUGUACGGAUACUGCGGCUCGUUCGGGAGCUGUACUCAGAGGUCCCAGCCUUUCUGUCGAUGCCUGCAAGGGUUUGUCCCGAAAUCUGAGGCAGAUUACGGCUCGAAUGUCUUCUAUGGCGGGUGCACGAGGCGAGCAGGGCUUGAAUGUAGUAGCAAUGGGAACAUCUCUAGUAGUGGCGAUGGAUUCUUGCCAUACUAUGACAUGAAAUUGCCUAGCAAUCCACGAAUACAAGUGUCAGGAGCUGAAAAUGCAGGUGGGUGCAGGGGAUUUUGCUUGAAUAGGUGUUCAUGUACUGCUUACUCGUACGAUGACCGGAAUCAUCAAUGUUUGGUGUGGUUUGGUGAAUUGCUCAAUUUGGAACAAGAUGUGCCUAGUGGAAGCACAAUCUUCGUCAGAGUUGCAGCUUCUGAAUUACGGGGUUCCGACAGCCAUAAUGCUCUCGUGAUCGGAGGUGUCGUUGGUUCAGCUAUGGUGCUAGUUCUUGCCGCAGUAAUUGGUGUGCUAAUCUGGAGGAAGAGGCGAAUGAGGAAGCUGGGAGGGAAGUCAGCAGAAGGCUCGUUGAGGGCAUUCAGCUACAGAGAUUUGCAGAGCGCCACCAGGAAUUUCUCCGACAAAUUAGGCGAAGGAGGAUUUGGCUCUGUUUACAAAGGCGUGUUGUCGGAUUCAACAGUGGCGGUGAAGAAACUGGAAGGGAUUAGACAAGGAGAGAAGCAAUUCAGGUCGGAGGUCAGCACGAUCGGGACGAUUCAGCACGUGAACCUUGUCCGACUCGUCGGGUUCUGCUCGGAAGGAGCACACAAGCUGCUGGUCUACGACCACAUGCCGAAUCGCUCACUCGAUUCCCAUCUUUUCAAUCAUCAGACCAACAAGGACACGAUGGAGGGUUCGGGGGUUUUGAGCUGGAAGACGAGGUACAACAUUGCGAUGGGGACAGCGAGAGGGCUGACGUAUCUACACGAGAAGUGUCGGGACUGCAUCAUCCAUUGUGACGUGAAGCCGGAGAACAUACUUUUAGAUGCCUAUAUGUGUCCGAAGGUGGCGGAUUUCGGACUGGCGAAGCUGGUGGGGAGGGAUUUCAGCAGAGUGCUGACCACAAUGAGAGGGACGAGAGGGUACUUGGCUCCGGAGUGGAUCUCGGGAACUCCGGUGACUUCAAAGGUGGAUGUAUACAGCUACGGGAUGAUGUUGUUUGAGUUUGUUUCAGGGAGAAGGAACUUGGGGAGAUCAAAUGUCGACGGGGAGAUGAGAUUCUUCCCAUAUGAAGCGAUGACCGUGAUAAACGAAGGUGGGGAUGUGGUUGAAUUGUUGGAUCGGAGGCUGGGAAGGGAUGCAGAUCCUAAUGAGAUUCUGAGAGUGUGUAAGGUGGCAUGCUGGUGCAUUCAGGACGACGAGAGUCACCGGCCUAUGAUGAGUCAGGUGGUUCAGGUUCUAGAGGGAAUCCUGAAUGUGGGGAUGCCGACGAUCCCAAAAACUGUCAGCUUGCUUCUGGAUGAUGAAGAACAGGUUGAAUUUUUCACCAAGUCGACGCUAAAGCAGCAGGGUGGUUUGGAGGAAAGAGGUGGGAACUUGUCUUCUGAAUACUACUCAGCGGGUCAUUGAGCAUGAAUCCCAUUAUUCCAAUACUGGAGAACUAAACUGUCUGUAUAGUGGUAGGGCAAAUUGAUGUACUUUCAACUCAUGGAUUUGCAAGGCUAGUAUCAUGGACAUUAUUAGCCAUUGCUCUGAUAAUGAAAAACUUUGUACCUUGUCAAUCAUUUCGCGCUAUCUACCACGACGCAAAAACGAUUUCCAAAGCUCACUGUGUCAAAUCAACAAGCUCUAAGAAGAAUAUUCGCUGAUUUUCUUAUUAUGAAAAGUUCCUUACCUUGUUAAUCAUUUGGUGAUAUCUAGGAUGACAAAAGAGAAAUUUCCAAAGCACCAUGAAAAAUGAACUAGCUUAACUCGCGAGGAAAAACUCAGUGGAAUCCGCUCGUUAUUCAAUCUAUCCUCUUCACCGACUUCAUUAUUCCCGUCCAUUCUUUAUACUUCACAACCAAGUAGCUCACAAUGGCCCUUGCUGCCCCUAGCCACGAAUUCUAGGAAGCGAAAGCUCUGUUUCACACACCCAUCAAUUAGAAACGCUUCCUGGAGUAGAGAACCCGACUGCCGCCUCUGUUUUCUCCGUGUUUCUUCACUUUGACCACCGCAUUUCUCAGGUGGGCUGUUGAAUUGAAGAAAUUAAUUUCUCCUCUCUUUAUUUCUCUUUGUAGCGACAGAUUCUUGGCUAACCGAUCGAAUCAAUUUUGGGGAAUUUUUCAUCCGAGUUUUUUGUUUGGGAAAGUGAAGCUAAUCCAGGGCUUGCAGAAGAGAUGGUGGAUUACAUACCAGGGCUUCCACUGACGCCAAUCUUUGACCUUCAACCGUUCAUCAGCGAAGCAAGCCGGCUAGUCCUGCCGGUGGCUCUGGAAUCCGCUUCCGUCGUUUCCAAAGUCCAGUGCCACCGCUUCACUUCGCCUUAGGAGCUCGAACCGCAACUCUUCGACUCGCUAAAACGCCAUUUCAGUUUUCCAAUCUACCCAAUUGGGCCCUCCAUCCCGUAUCUGAAGCUUCAGGAGGAGGACCCCAUUAAUGUCAAAUACCUUCAAUGGCUAAACGCUCAGCCCAAGGUAUAUGUACUCUACGUCUCAGUGGGCGGCUUCCACUCUGCCUCCAAACAACAAACGGAAAAAAUUAUCGCCAAGGUUGAGACUUGAGAGCAGCGGCGUUCGAUUCCUCCUGAUCUUUCGAUGAGACAGAACGAUCUCCAGUUCUCCACCGCCGCCUCUACCAAAAUUAUGGUCCAAUAAUUGAGGGUGCUCUCCCACGAAUCAGUAGGAGGGUUCUGGGCGCAUUGCGUGUUGAAUUCGACGCUAGAAUCUCUGAAUGCCGGAGUUCCGAUGCUGUGCUGGCCGUUGCGCUAGGAUCAAACCCCUAAUUGCAAAUCGAUAAAAAUGGAUGACUGGAGAGUUGGGUGGAGGGCGAGGAAGGGAGCGGUCGGAGGGGAUGAGUUGAUGAGAUGAGAUGAAGUUGCGGAUAUGGUGAGGAGUUUCAUGGAUUUGGAGAACGGUGAAGUGAAGCAUAUGAGGGAGAGGGCGUCGGAGCUCCGGGAAGUUCUUCGGAAUCGGACGGCGGUGGCAGAUGGAGGAUAAUCGGAUUUGGGUAUGGAUGGAUUCCUUCGUUAAAGACAUCUCUCAUAAGUUUCAGGCUUAGGUUCGUUGAUCCGGAAACAACUUAGCGGAACAAUUUGUAAAGGGCCUUAGGCCCAACCUGUAUCCCAUAUUAAAUCAUUUCACGACAC